AUUUGCUUCCAUUCUGUUAAUCUGCGGCAAUCAAUAGCCUCUUUCUAUUGUCCAUCGACACAUCGACUUCUCAAAUCAUCAGCACCAUCCACCAUGGUCAAUCCUCGUGUCUUUUUUGACAUCGACAUCGAUGGUCACCGGAUUGGAAGGAUCGUCAUGGAGUUGUUUGCGGAUGAGGUGCCACGUACUGCAGAGAAUUUCCGUGCACUUUGCACUGGUGAAAAAGGUGUAAGUAAAACUAGCAGCGUACCCCUACACUACCGAGGUUCUAUCUUUCAUCGUGUUAUCAAGGGCUUUAUGGUUCAAGGAGGAGACUUUAUCAGGAGGGAUGGAUCAGGAGGCGAGAGUAUUUAUGGUGGGCCAAUGCCAGAUGAAGGAGGCUUCAAGCGAAAGCAUGAUAUUGAAGGACUCUUAUCGAUGGCAAACAAAGGACCCAAUUCCUCCACCUCUCAAUUUUUCUUGACCACUCGACCAACUCCUCAUUUAGAUGGGAAGCAUGUUGUUUUCGGACGUGUUGUAAAAGGUUAUGACGUGGUCGAGAAAAUUGAAAACACGCCCACGGAUGAAAGAAACGAUAGACCGCUGAGCAUCGUCAUGAUCUCCAAUUGCGGCGAGCUUGAACUAAGGAUACCACCAAAGCUACUAGAACAGCAACGACAACAGCAGGUAGCGGCAGCAGCAGAGAAAACGCAAGGAAGUACUUCUAAAGAUGACAGAAGUCGUGGUAGCGACAACGACAGCGAUAGUGAUAGUGACAGCAAUAGCGACAGCGACAGUGAUAGUCAUUCUGUAUCUCGAAAACGCCGACAGAGACGCCGAAGCCGCCACAACCGCUCAAAGUCAAGGAGCAGCAGUGAGUCUAACUCCGAUAGACAUAGCUCUCGUCGAAGAGAUCGUUCUUCCAGACACAGGAGGAAGCAUGAGCGUUCGUCUCGAAGGACUCGCAGUCGUAGUGACAGCCGUAGUCCUAGUCGCAGCCGCAAUAGUCGUCACACCAGGCGUCGUUCCCGCUCUGGCUCUAGAUCGCCCCGCUUAAAAAACGAAGUGCGCAAGCAAGAAUCGAGGGCUGAACCUGAAAAUCGUCAAACCAAUAAUGCCAAUGACGAUGCUCGCUAUUCUGAACGUCGACAUGAGGCUGUGCGUCCACAUCCAAGAACACGCUCGCGCUCACCUGAAGUCAAGUAUAAAGGACGAGGAUUGAUGAAAUACCGCGAAAAAUAUCGGUAGACAUGUCAUCGAUUGAAACAGAUUAUUUGCCGCAGCCUCCUUGGAUCAUGUCAUAAUAAAUAUCUAUGACAGCGCAC